AGGAGCUCAUCAACAGCAACAGCACUCCCGAGCGACGCCACCAACGCCCCCUAACGGCUCAACGGCGGGCGUUAUGUCGAAACUGAGUGCUCGCCAGAUGGCCGAGUCGUUGUUGGAAGGAUCUCCAGGUGGCGCUGAAGGAGGAAGUGGUAACGGCUCUUUCCUGGACGGUAUCAUCCGCAGCAGUCUCGAACAAGGGGUGCCCGGUGAUAAAGGUACAGCCGCAGAUAGAGAUGAUAGUGAUGAAGGUCCACUAGCACCCGAAAACAUGUCCAAUAAAGCACUUUUAGACCAACUUUGCAGAAACAGUAGGCUAACGCCUUUAAGCAAAGAUGAUGGCAGCUCUGGUGAAGAGGGUGGCGGAAGAAAAGAAAGCCCUCCUCUAACCUUAUCUGGAACUCCUGCUCAAACUCAAGACACGACUUCGUCCUCGUCGCUGGGUUCGACUCGAAAGAACGAUGGGGGUUUCCCCAGCUCUGGUGAGGCCAUGGAGCUUUCCGAAGAUAGAGUUGAUGGAGAGGAGCGCCGACCACGCAUUUAUCUCAAACAGGAUCUCGCAAAAAUGGAAAACCUCAAACCUGAAACGUUGGUUCGCCUCAGAGAUGUUGCGAACAAUUAUGUGUCCACCCAGCACGGAGGAGAAAUGUUAGAUAACGGUUGUGCGAUCACGACAGACAGCACAGCGGGCAGCGUUUGUGGGUCGGAAGACGGAGGCGGCUGCGGUGUUGGACCUGGAAGUAGCGAGCACGACUGACACCGACCAUCCGCACCGACAGCCGCUCUUUACUAUUGACGCGGACGGCCACGUGGGCGACCGUGAGAAAAAACCAUAAACUAAAGUAAUGGCUGCCCACGCCGUUAUGUCGACCAACUGAAGAAGCUACUAGACAGCGAUGGUUGUAUGUUGGUAUGGUAAAGAGCUACUACACGACUACUGUGUGUAAGAUAACAUGGUGGUAAGAAACGGUAGCUAUCAUGGCUACGACUUUUUCGUAAUGAAACAGUUACAAAUUCUAAAAUAUUAAUUUUUAUUCGGAAAAUAGCCGAUUGUCAAAAAAUGUGACAGUUCUAAUAGGAUAUUCUGCUUCUCUUUUAAGUACUUCUUUCGAUCGAUCUUCGAUCGAACGUGUGAUGAAAAUAUUUUAUAAAAAUGCAAUCAGAUGUAACUGUUGCUUCAAAAAUAUGCUACAAAGCUACUGGGAUAAGUAUUUUCUCUUAUUUUGGAGCGAAUUAUACCAGGUGUUUCAAAUUCGUCGCUCACCAUUAGGAUCUCGGGAACUGCUAGAGAAAAGUGGGUUAAGUGGGGGCAUAGUUGCGCUUUUAAAUAACUGACAAAAUGGCUCAUAGAAAGUUUCACAAUUGGGAGUAUCACCAGAAAUAAACGACAGAAACAGAAUAAAAAAUACGUUAACAUUGACACAUUUUCUCCUCUAUAAGAUGACAUACUUAAAAUUUCGAUAUGAGGUUUCGUCUUUUGUCCUCAAUCAUUAACAUCUGAUUGAUACCGUAUUGGAUUUUUGCACAGUUGAAUAGAGUUUUUAAUUCCGAUUCCCAAAAUAUGUCAUACAUAGGCAUUGUCAUACCAAAGUUAUUUCUAAAAAACUAAUAUUGUCAUAGUUGGCUACCACGAAGGAGGCGCUCUACGUAGAUCAAUAGUAUUUGAAUGCAUCAUGGGUGCAUCGGUUUAGAUAUGAGGGAUAUGAAAUGUAUUUAGGAAGCUGCAAGCUUCAGUUACAGUCACAAAAUAAUUAUGUUUUCAUGCUCUUUAUUGGAUUAGUUAAGACCGACUAUGGGAAUAUUACUUAUUUACAUCUUUAAAGUUUUCUAAUAUACAUUAAUAUCAUACAUAUAUACAAUUUCACAUCAUUAAAACCGGAAGUAGGACUGUUCACCUAUGCCUAGUUGAUAAACAUUGAACGAAUGCUUGGCUGGAGAUAUUAUGAAACAAAUGGAUAUCAGAUAAUGUCAAUGCCUACUUAGGGAAUUCUGUCUUUUUGACAUAACUUGGGUUUGACAAUGGAAGCGUUCAGCCCACGUAAAGCAGUCUAGAUGUGCGGCCCCUUUUAUGCUGAAUAGCAGUAGCCAUGGAAUAACUAUAUCAGUUUGACACCAGUUUUCACUUGGCUGUCAGAUUUGAUAGUAUGUUGAUUAAUGUUGCGAACUGUCAAAGCUAUUCGACGGCUACUACAAUUCAACAUACAAGCGUUGCACCGUUGGACAGCUUUAUGUUGGCUGUACACUCCCAAUGUAUAAUCACAUCACGUGAUAAACUCUCAAUUUCAAAGCCAACUAUGACAAUAUUAGUUUUUUCGACAUAACUGUGACAAAAUCCAGUAUGGCGUCUAUAAAAAAAUAAACUUGAUGAUUUGUUUGUUUCGAUUAUCACCGGAGAUACUCGGAAUUGCGAAACUUUCUAUUUGCUAUUUUUUUAGUUAUCUAAAUGUGCAACUGUGCCCCCAUUUAACAGACUUCGUAUCUCUUACCGUUUCCAAGAUCCCAAUGGUGAGCGUCUAAUUCUAACACCCGGUAUAUAGAAUACUAGUAUAGCAGUCACUCUGAUCAUUGAUCAAUCAAAUAAGAUACCGUACCACGCCAUCAAUUCAAAUGAAAAAUUACGUUUCUAUAUAAACGCACCCGUGAUUUGUUUGUUGAUUCGCUGGUAUCACUACGAUACUCCACACGUUCCAAGGUGGACGCCAAAUGGAAAUUGAUCGCUGGUGAAAACAGUGGAUGAGUGCAUUGCUAUUAUGUUUUGUAUUAGUUUCACCAUACCACUAGAUAAUAAUUUCUGUCUAAUUAUCAGAAUAUAUUAUAAUCCUUAUCCAUAAAGGCUAUCGUUAACCGCAAAUAACUUUAAUAAGUGUCAAAAAUAUGCAAAUUUUGUAAUGAGUAGCAUAUGCCCUUCUUCACCAAAUGAAUUGAGCUGUGUGGCUUGAGAGCUUCUUCAAUCUCCAGAAAUAUUGAUAUUUUUUUCCAAAUAGAAAAGCCAUCUGACACAGUCCUAAUGGAAUAGAAGGAUUUUUGAGCAUUGCCUCCAUAUCUGUCACGAAAAAGAAAUUUACCGUAGAUAAAUCUAAGAAGACCAGAAGGUCAUGCGUCCACGCGACGUAGUAUGUACGGAGCCCCUUCAAUAAUUCGUCUGGAGCUAUCCGCGACAUCUAUGUUUGUUGAAAUUAUUUAAAAGCCAAAAACAAGACUUUUCUAGCCGUCGUUUCCCUGAAAAAUUGUAUGUUUGCCAUGGUUUUGUCUUUUGUUUAAAAGAUUGGGGAUAUUUAGGAUUCAAUCUACAAAAAGAUUUGGGCGCUGAUACACGUUCACAUAAAGUUGCCUCUUGCCGAUGAUUGAUCCCUCUAUGAAACAUUCAUAUAGGCGCCCAGGUGUAUGGAGCUUCAUAGAAAUGGGCUUUCUGGGCUCCGCCCUCGUACGCUACGAUAGCUACGCGAUUCCCUUGGUCUUUAUUAUUCAACAAGGCCUCAAAUCUGAAUGGGUCGUGCAUGAUACUCCCCCCAUCAUGCUAUAACUACCAGCAAAUUACGAUGAACGUUCGUAUGGAAUCGAUCAUGAUCAUCAAACGCUUGCAUUUGGAUACAAUCUGUAUCUACUACACAAUUUUCAUAGACGGAAUCCGUACAACAAAUAUAAACAAAACGGAAAAUCGAUUGCUCUACAUUUUAUAAUUUUUCACCAUUCACCAAAAAACGCACGUGUAUACACGAAACAUUUAACAACACAUACAUACCUGUACAUUAUUUAAAUCGUUCAAAGUCUGUAAUUAUCAAUUAUUAUUUUUUCUGCGAGUGAUCACCGAAAAGAAACGCACUCCGACCAACACAUCAAAUUGGCGCAAAAUACAAAAUUGUCAUUGGUUGCGUCACAGUCAGUAAAAACAAAGGUAUAGUGUUAUCUUGGUGCCUAUCCACAUAGUGAGGAAAGUGAGGUAAAGGCCGACAUUGGCAAUUAUUCAUCAAUGAUCACUGGUCGAUAUAUAAGAAACUUAUGAUUGUUGAAUAAUGUUUGAAAAAUUGAAUCUUGAUCAUUGCAAGAACUAUCAUAUAACAUACUUCUAAGUACCUGGCAUAUAGUUACUGUUUCUUGCUCGAAUUUGAUAAUAAGAACACGGAUUGGGAGAUACAUGCUCUCAUUUGUUGAUAGGAUGAACUGUUUAAAAUAAAAAAUUAAAAUAAGGGAUUGUCGAAAGCUUUCCUCAAAUGAGCGAUUUUGAUAAAGAAUAGAUAUAUUACGAGUAUUUAAAAGAAUAAACUGACACCUAAAAUUGAAGGAUAGCUAAGACAUGAUUUAUGAAACAAAAAUAUUUUCAUAAAAAUAGCUCAUUUUAUCAACAAAGAUGAUAUUUUCCACCCCGUAUCCAAGUAUAGAGGAUGAAAAUUGACAACUGUAGCUGUAGUAGAUUUUUACCAACAGAAGGAGGGCAAUUUUGAUGGCGGUAUUUGUUGAUAUUUAAGUUGUCCUUUUAGUUCGACUUAUGUUAAGAAGUUCGGCGACGUGCAAAGCAUCAAAGCAGUACGGCUAUAUGUUUGUAUUUAGAUGUGCUCUUCUCGUUCUAUCUCUGAACAGAAGGUAGACAUUUUUUAAAUUCGGAGCUAUAUAUAAGGAGGUGUGGGGAAAGUGCUUGUCGUUGAAGGAUUUAAAAGUGUUUUCGUUGCUAUUCGAUCGUACAGUGGUGCUGGAAUGUGAAUAAUUGGCAUAAUUUCAAAGGUUACUUGUAACUCUAUAUAUACUAAUUACAUACUUAUUAUGUAUGUAUUAAUCUUUAUUACAAUUGAUGUAAUGCUGGUAUAACAAAAGAUGCAGUUUUAUAUCUUCGAAGUCAGGGGUUGGAACUAUUCAUUUUGUGUUUCUUACAAGAUUUUCGACUGUACUGCAAAUACGUUCUGUUUUGUUUGAAACUGGCCUAAACCUGCGGCUCCGCCGUGGAAGUACUGCAUAGUAAAGAAAUGCAAUAUUCAAAGUAAUUCAAUAGUAACUUUAGUAAUGGACAUUGUUCAACAUUUUGAUGCAACAAUAAUUUCAAAUGUGUAAUCAUAAUAAAUAAUUUGUGAAGUAUCACGGAGACUGUUUGUACAUGUAUGCUUAGAGUAAUGUAACAAUUACAAUUAUACAUCACGUUAUUUGUAUUCGUAGCGUAAAUGUACGGUUGUAAAUGGAUUCCUGUGGCGUUCAAUGGUCGCCCAGGGGUUUAGGUUAUAUGCAAAAUAAAACAUCUCCAUCGCUCGACGGUAACAGGUUGAAUGGCGUGGUAGCAGGUUGCGCUGUUGCCGACUCGACGCUGACGGUGGAGGUGCCGGGACAGUUGAAUAUUGAUCAUUGAAAAUCGACGAUGUUUUCGCGUUUAAAACCAUGCCUAUAACCUUUUUCGGGUAUCAAAUAGAAAGUGUACAAAUGUUUCCGUCUCUCCAUAUUGAAGUUUAGGCGUGAUACUGACAGACUGGACAGACGUUCACAUUUAGUUGGAAUAAAAAAUAGAGUUUCUGAAUUUAUAAUUAGAUGAUGAAUUUCGAUAAGUCUUAGUUUGAAGUUGUUGUUUUUUUAUGGAUUUUAAUACCUUAUCUCUUAAAAUAUAUAGAUCAUUCCUGAGAAUCAAAUUUCACAAACGCAUCCAAAAAUAUUCUCCUAUUUUGGCAAAUCGAAAUCUGAAUGAAGAUUAUUUCUUCUACGACAAUAUUAGGUGAUUGAUAUUUGACAAUAAAAUGUGAGCAUUUCUGUGCGAGAAUAGCAACGACGUUUUGUAUAGCAUUCCUCAAUCUCCAGAUAAAUGUUCAUUGUUGUUCGAUGUAUUUGGCAUGCACAAAAACAACAUACUUAUAUCAUUAAAUGUACUCUAAUAUAUGUGUCUUUAUCGUCGCGUAUACCUCAACUGUAAAAUUUCACCCAGUACAUAUUUACACGCAUUUUAAACUGCUUUGAUGAAUGGGAACGGUUUAUAUAUAUAUUAUCGAAAACCUUUGGGAUGGUCCCAUUAUUGAAAAAAUUAUAUCUAUCUGUGAUUUAAUCAAAAUUUUUGAUGUAUAUUUUCUCUAAAAAUAUCUUAAAUAUUAUAUAAAAUUUAAAAACUAGAUGUAGUUAUUGAUAUAAAUAACUGAAUUAUUGAAGAUGUUGGAAAAUUGAUUGUGAAAAAAUUUACCAAUUACCAUCGGUUUUCCAAGUGAUAUUUUUUUCAUUUUUUUUUCAUAUAACAAUGAAGUGCAAUUAGAUGGUAUAUACAUAUAUAUUUACAUCAAUAUUAAGUAGUAAAUAAGAUAUAUUAAAUAUAUUAUAUAUUUGAAAAUGGAAGCUAUUUUGUUUGAGAGAAAAAAGAUUGACUCCAGGUAGAGUUUAAAAUGCUUCAUUCCCCCUUCAACAACCGUCAGAAAUACUACAACCAACCAUAACUAAACCGAUACCGACAGUUGAAUAGGGCUACUCAUAUGAGAAUUAUCAUUUAAAUGACAUUUCAAUUCUCCUAAAUUAACGACACAAAAUGUGAAACCGUGAAAAAGCGGUGAUACAGCGACUAAGAAAACGUCUAAUUUUGCGUUCUUGGAUACGUCCUAUGGAUACGUUAAUUGUAGUAUGACUACCCACAUAUCUGGUGUAACGGAAAGGUUCCUUACUUUCUCAGGCCAGGUGUUUUUGAAAAAGGUUAUGGUCCGGUCUUUACAAAUUUAAGAGAUCAAGGUGACCUUGUAUUUGACUUAGAGCUUCACAUUUAACAUUAUUGCAAGGUCAACUUUGGUUUUGAAAUCAGGAAUCGACAGAACAGAAAAUUCUACUUCUAAAUAUGUAUUGAAAUCCAAGUCAAGGCAACCUCUAAGCGCACUUGAGUGAUGCUAGGGAAAAUUCCCAGAUUAGCAGGAUUAUUGAUGCAAAAAAAAUCAAGGUCAUACCUUUAGUAACUUUUAACAAGAAUAUCAAUAUUGAACUUGGAUUUGGCCUUGAAUUUCACCUUCGAGUCAUAAUAGUAAAUGGGAACGUUGUUAGAACAUAAUCUUUUCCAUUGUCAUUGUCAGAGAGGGGGUUAUGAGUUUUAAAAAAAUGACAUGAAAUGACUGAAGGUGUGUUCAAGGUUAAAUCCAAUGAGUCUGCAUCCAGAUAGCCAGUCACUUCUUGUUACCAAGCUAGAGAAGACCUAAUUUGAUUUUUAUUGAAAAACUGUAUAAUCUCUAUGUUUUCUAUAAUACCAACCAAAGGGAUAGGCAUAAUGGGAGCUGGUGGAAUUUGAAUCCGCAUCUCUGGCAUUCUGUUGCAGGCGACCUAUCAAUAAAUUGGUCUACAGCGCUGUUGAGUAACUUCCACGCUCGAAUUUUAGAGGCAAGUUCAAUCUUACCUGUAUGGUCUCAGAGAUAUUUUCCAUUAAUAAUUUUGAGAAUAUUUUUAAAUGUCGAAAAAUAGCAUCUUAUAUUAAAUGUUACUCGUCACUGGUAUUUCCUUGACAUUGAUGACAUGUAAUGUGUGAGUUAUCAAAUUAUAUUAAACAUGAACCAAAGAAGUUUCAAUACACGUCGUGUAUAUUCAGGAGUAUUUAAAUGAUGAUUCGCAAUAUGGCUACCUCCUCAAACCAAACCAGAUUUUACAGUAACAGUACACAUAUUUAAGUUGGACCAAAACCGCAGUAUGUUGUAUAUAAAAUGGUAUGCUUUUCAUACAUAUCGUUUGAGAACUCAACUGGUUCAGUCCUGCCUUGUAAAGCAAGCGUGUAGAAUUGUAGUAGGAUGAGAAAUCAAAAAGCAAGGCAAGCGCCGAGCUAGAACGGUUCUCAAAAUCAAACAUUCCAACCAUAUAUGUGCCAGAUUUUUUAUUCGCAACAAUUAGAGAAGGAAUAAAUUAAACAGAUAUAUGUGAUCUCCGGCCCCCUGUGGCGUUUAUAGAUCAUUGGAGUACGUUCUCUAAAAGUUGAAAAUGUUUAAUUUUGAAGCUAAGAGCUUCCCAUGUUCUACUAAUUCUAAGAUUUUAAAAACACUGUUUUAAAUGUUGUGUGUCUCACUUUUUGCUUGCGAUGCUUCAGUCGGUUCUGGUCAAACUGGGUGCACCUGUCCUUAUUUGAUGUAACCUCAGAUUUCAUAUACCUCUGAAGUAACCACUCGCCAAAUUUUAUGUUCAAAUUUAGCAAAAGACAGAACUGGUGCUCCGCAAUAUGAUCAGGAGUUGACGAAUAUUUUUGGCUUGUAGUGUAAAAUGUACCGAAAUUCGCGCGAAAUUACAACCAUGUGUGCCACAAUUUCUGUGCAAUUUUUUGUUAGUCUUUAUUUGAACUUUUACGUUGUGAUAAUUUGUUAUAAAGACACCAUUUUUUACACUUCUUCAUUUAAUGAUUUUUCAUAAACGUGGUCCAAAAUGUAAAAUUUACAGUGUAAAGGUAACCUUAAAGUAUACGCGUAUAAAAAUAAUAUUUUUAAGUACGUAAAAUCUCUCUCUCUCUCUCUCUCUAAAUAAGUUGCAUGUUACAAUUAUUAUAACAAAAAAAAACAAAUUGUGUUCGUAAAUAAAACUGUUAUGCGUUUGUAUAUGAUACGAACGGUAAAAUUAUUUUUAAUGGAAAAUAUAUCGGUAUAUUGUUGCAUUUUCCCAUUUUAGAAGUUUGAGAUUUUCUAUGAGGUAGUUCAUUUUAGUACGAUUUAACAAAUCUUUUUAUUUUAUUUAUAUUUUAAUGUUUAUCGUAUUUGUGUUGUACAUGUAUUUUUUUCAUUUAGUUCUACAUAAGUUGCGUUAUUUGUUAGGCAAUAUUAAAAUGGACUAUUCUAGUUGAAUACUUUAGUAAUUAAUUUUUCAUAUUUGUUUUGCACCCCCAAAGUGUCAGUAUUUUGUUUAAAAAUAAUGGACCAAGGUCUUAUUUUAUAGAUUUAGAUAAUAUCAUUCCACAGCUAGCUUUUUCACAACUAUAAGACUUCUAUAGUUUUAUUCCUACAUAUUUUUUACAUACAUAUAAUUUAGUGUUUUUUAUAUCAAACGUAUUUGUUAAUUAAUUUUUAGUUACUUAGUGCGGUAAGAUUUUUACCUACUUAAGUUUUUGCUUUAAUUAUGUAUAUACAAGUUUCCAGCACACUUUAAUGUUGUGUGCCUGCUGAAGUUGAAUUAAAAAACGUUUAAAACUCCAAGCAAGUCAGUUUAGUUUCAUUAUCACAGUUAUUUUCCAGCAACCACAAAUAACAAUAGUACAAUACAAUUUCCCCACAUUUAACCACUUUGAAGACGGAGCUAUUACUUUACCACUGAUCAAUAUGUUAACUAGCAUUUCGGUUAGUUCCCAAGCAUUUGCUUUUGAGUAUACUCGCGUUUUCUUUUUUGACUGCCUUUUUUCCAAUAUUCUUACACCUUGUGAUGAAACACUGUCAUUCCAAGACUUCAUUCCUUUCUCUUUUAUGAGUAUUUAUACAUAUUUUAUGUUGCCUCAUAUGUAAUUUCCUUACAAGACGCGUGAGCAUAUUUAGAAGCAAUGAAUUCUCGAUGCAAUAACUGUAGGCGUUUUUUAUUGAUGCAGUUUUUCUGUCAUUUUCUGAAAAUCGCUUUAGAUCAAUGGUAUACCUAUCAUUUCCCCACAAUUCUGAUACAUAGUGGUUUCGAUGUCUAGUUAGGAUCUUCACUCAGUGUUCUCAGCUUGUGGAAAGGUGUACGAUAAAUCAAGUAAAGAUUUUUUUAUUUAACGCAUAAUUUUGACGUUUUCGGUUUUAGAAUAUCCUGUGGAGGUUAAACCGUUUCGACGUUCACAAUUAUCUCUUAAUAAUGGUCUCCUGAAAAAGGAGGACCUGAAAAUUAAAAGCCUUGCUGUAUUAGGACUACUAUGUUUCGGAUUACACCUUUUUUGAUUGCUGCUUAAUACAGCUUCCUUGACAGACUCUCUAACUGCAGAGAGAACGGCACAGUUAUACUCACCCUGCUCAUAUUGUAGAUUUUUUGGCAUACAGAGUGUAUACUUAAUAGUCGGUAGUUGAUUGUCAAAUCUAUUGACACUUACAGUACAAGGUUAGAUUUAAAGUAACCACUAUAGUUUUUCGUGAAUGGACACUAAUAAAGGUGAAGGCACUUAACUAAUUGUAGGAUUAAGGACUUAGUAUAUAAAAAUAGCAUAGCUUAAAUUUAGGGGCUCCUCAAUAAAUGCUCGUCUUCAUUGUGGUAGCAAAAAACAGGUUCAAACAGGUAUAUCUCGUGGCAUAUUUCAAAACGGUUACAAAAUUUUUGACGACAUAUAUUGUUCAUGAUUUGUUUUCUUUUCUAAUAUUAGUGUUUAUCGUAUUAUAUCGACUAAUUCCAGGAGACACGUGAUUAUUCAAAAGGUAAACUCUGACAAAGUGUAUUGUUUGUGUCAAUACCUAAUUCAACUCCUGUAACUAGUUUGAAUGUUCACAUGCGUAGUCUCAUCUCGGAAUAAUAAAAUUUUGAAAAAUUCAAUACAUUUCUAUAGCACCUAUUUUUGCGUAGAUCUAAAUUUUUAGACAAAAAUCCAAGGAAAUAGAAUUUAACAACGCUGUUGUUCGUUAUAUACCUACUCAGUGCAUCAAAAAUCAACCUAUUUUUGAGAUUAAUUGAUGUAAUUAUACUACAAAAGGAGUUUUAUUGAAGAUUCUUUAAAAUUAGUGUGAAAUUAUUCAAUUGUUGAAUUUUAUUUCCUUUAAUUCCAGAUAUCCUAUUUUUGUGCCUUUUUGUAUACCUUUAACUUUUCAGAAUAAAAUAUUGUCCUUAUUAUUAGGAAUAUCGAGUAUUUCAGUUUAGAACAUCUCUUUGAAAAGUUUGAAAAAUGGUAUUUACUAUAAGCACCUUUAUCAAUAGAAUACUGAAAGGAUUGACGGAAAUGAGUUUGAAAAAGUUGUGAAAAUCUAUUAUUACGCUCUGAAAGCCUAAUUUUUCAUGUUAAAAAAUUGAAAUUGUUUAUGAUAAAAAAGGUAGUCUAGUUUAAAUUGGGUAAGAUUAUGUGUUAAGUAGAAGAUAAAAUUCAACACCAAAAAGUGUCUUCUCACUUAAAAAUGAUUUUAAUGAUUUUGUACCUGCAACAUUGGUGCAUGAUUUGACUUUUUGCUUUCUAGUCUUAGUUGAAAUUUUUGAAAAUUGAUAGAGAAAAUUGUUGAAAUGUAAGAAAAAUUGUGAUCGGUAGUUAAAUCGCUGAAGACUGAUAAAGACUUUAGGAAUAUGCAAAAAAUUACCUUUCUUUGAUUUGUCUAUAAAUUAUUAAUGUAUAACAUUUUAAAAUAUGCCAUAUUCAAAAAAGUUUUUCUGUUGAAGUGUACACUGGGACCAAACAUGAUACUAAUUCAUAUCCAAUAUAUCAAAGACAGAAUAUCAAAAUAAUAGUAAAUUUUUGAAGCUCGUUCAUAAGUUUGACAAACUUUUUGUAAAAUAUCUCAAACGUGGUGCAAUCUUAAUUUAAACAUUAAUAAUAUUGUAUAAAAAGUUUGUUAAAUACACGUGUUUUGUUAUUUUCGUGAUUGGGUUAAAGCUUCUUUAUUGUACAAAACAUUUUGUGUUCAAAUAAAUGCAUAUUGAAAAUAUUUGAGGAAUAUUUUUGAAAAUUCGCAAAUGCUUUUAAUGUGCAGGUGUCUCAUAUUAUUGUGACUAUAAAUGCCUUUUAGCAUGAAUAUACUAUAUAAAAUUGUAUUUUAUAUGUGAAGGAAUAAUUUUGGGAAACAUAAAUUAUUCACAUAUAUUUACCCGGCAUAACACUCCCAAAAUUUCUCCUAAGAAGGAAAACAUAUUCUUGUUCGUAAAAUAUCUGUGACUUGUAAAAUCAUGUUUUAUUAUAAAAGUUAGAUGUUUGAACAAUUGCUUUGUGGGAAAUUGUUAUUUUCAGAAAAUAUUUUAAAC